AUGAAAUGCAUCGCAGUUUUGCAGCUUGGGAGAUGGGAGAGCUCAGCCAAGUAUCCGAAUCAAGUAGAGGACAGUGAGGUCUUAAAAGGGUUGAAGAAUAUGAGACAGCUUCGCCACAUGCCUAAAGGACUUGCUUUGCUCUCACAACUCCAAGUGCUUAAAGGGUUUGUGAUUGGUGAGCCAAGGCCUGGAGGCAACUACUGUAAGCUGGCUCAUUUGUCAGGCUUGGAAAAUCUGAGGAAAUUGAGUAUCCAUACUAUCCAUGUGGACAUAAACAAAACGUCUGAUGCUGCAAAAAGAGAGCUCAUUUCUUUGGCAAAGUUCAAAAAGCUCCAGUCUUUACCUAUAUCAUGGUCAAGACUUUAUGACACUCCCAAAAAGCCUCCAUCGAUGAUGGCUCCAGUUCCUGUUCCUUUGGAGAAACUUCCUUUGGUGAAACUUAACCUCCAUUACUUCCGUGGUUCUAAGAUUCCUGAUUGGCUGAUGCAAUGGGAAUUGAAUGACCUAAGGAAGCUCUAUCUCAGGGUUGGAAGCCUCUCGGGAAACAAUGCAAAUGGGUUGUCAAAAUGGUGCGCUUGA